GGAAAUUCUCUAUCUAGAAUUAGUUUUCGAUUUUAGAACUAAAUCUAGAAGUCUAUAAAUUGUUGAUUUCAUUGUCACACACAAAGUUUCUCACAGAAAUCUGCAAAAUUGAAUUGGAGCAUCAGCACCAUGAUUUAUGAAUUUUUAUUAAUCUUGGAAAGAUCUGCACGGUUAUUCCAUCAUUAAAUAUAGUAAAAAGUUAUUGAAAAUCAGCUCAGGUCCUCAAUUAAAAGGAAAAGAAUGGAAGAGUUACGCAUGGAAUUGCGUUCCCUCUUGCUGAGUUCUAAACAUGGCAUACCGACCCAUGAAAUAGAAAGUCAUUAUGAGGAUAUCAUCGGUAAAAGGUUGGAUUAUAGAAAAUUCAACUUUCAAAGUGUCAGUGACCUGAUGCAUGCAAUGCCAGAUGUUGCAAGGCUAGACAGCACUGGAGAAGUGUAUCAUGCUCUUUCUGAUGAAUCAACAGCACAUAUUAAAAAAAUGGUUAUGCGCCAGAAAACCAAACCGAUCAAAGUAGGAAGGGGAAGAGGAGGCAGAGGGCGCGGCAGAGGUAGAGGCGGACGUGGACGGGGCCAUUUCAGGGGAGGAUACAUGUCAGCCAGAGGAGCAGGACACUUUACAACCAGAGGAACAGGGCAUACUUAUUAUCGAGGAACAGGUCACAUGUUGGCCCGGGGAACAAGCCACAUGUCUGCCAGAGCAGCUGGUCACUUUUCAGCUAGAGGCAAUGGUCCUGAGCCAGCUAGGGGACCAGGCUUUGGAGGCAAUCAGUCCUAUGGCUUUUCUGGAGACCUAAAGCAGCAUUCUCAAAAUGACAAGAUUCCAUUUGGCCACAAUUCACUGAAAGGAACAGUUGUGACUUUAAGGUCUACCUAUUCUCCAACAUACAGUGAAUCAAAUAGGUUGGAAGAAACAGAGAAUGUUCCGAUUAUACCACAGCGCUCCCCAAUGAAGAAUUUACAGAUCAAUAUUAGUCCAGGAGGUUCCCGUGUCAUUAUGGCUGAUAAACCUGAUCCCAAGCCAAGUGAUCUGAGGGAGUAUUUAAAAGAAAAAAAAAUUAAGCUUGAACAGAAUAACAAGAAUGACAACUGUCAAAACUACCUGCAGGUCAGUUCAACUGAACCAGUGAGAAAUAAUGAAGAAAAGAAAGUGAAGUUUCAAUAUAGCCAGUAUAAAAAAGAAUUGCCACCAAGAUUCAUGAAAGCAAAUGCAGAUCGAUCUCAAGGCAAUAAUGCAGAUAAAGUCUUGGUAUUUCAGAAGACUUCCAGUGUAGUACAUGAUAUCAAAACUAAAAAUGCUUCACAGGGCUACAUUGAAGAAAAAGCAGUUGUGCAUACAAUAGAAUCUCAGAACUGGGAGGUGCCAGAAAAGGGUGAGGAGUACUUGCUGGCUUUCAAGGACUACUUUGCCAGUCGGGGCGAGGAACCUCCCCCCAUUGAAAUUGUUGAAGGCAAGGUUAGCAAACAGAAUGGUUUCUACGGGCGGCUACGAUAUAAUGGACUAAUGUAUUACCCAUUAGUUAUAUUACAUACAAGACAGCAUGCUGAAUGGAUGGCUGCUAAAGCUUUCUGCACUCAAAACAAUAUAACAUUACCAGUGCCUAGUGUGGAGCCACAGUCUCCUGACAAACAGGUGCACCAUUCUGAAAUCCAGCCUUCGAAAAGUGUGGUUCUAUCACCUGUCAUUGUUCAGUCUCAUUCUGAUCACAUACAAUUCAAUAGCCCACAGCCUUCUAAUCCUGUGAUCCAGACACCUGUCAGCAGCCUGACAGAACAAGAAAACAUGGAUAUUGUCCAUAAGUUAUACAUGAUGUUAAAAGAUAAAGAGUUUGGUGUAUUUCUGAAGUAUCUCCCUUCACUCUAUGUAGAAAAUUACAAUGAGGAACUGACUGUUGACUUGAAGUCAUUUCUACUAAACUUUCCAGAUUUCUUUUCAGUGGAAGAACCAUUACCCAACAGAUUCAUAGUUUACACAGUGCCUGAUGCCUUAAACAAACCCAAAGCUUGUAGUGCUAGUACAGAAGUCAUGCGAAUGGAUUAUCCCAGAGUGCCUCCUUGUCAUUUGCCUAAAGUUGGAGAUGUGGUUAAAGGUACCAUAGUUUUUGUCUACUCUCCUGAUGAGUUCUAUUUCCGUGAUAUCAAUACAGAAGAUACUAUGCAAGCAUUGGAAGAAAUGCUAAACACCAUUUAUUCAAAAGCAGAUGUACCAGAUGUGAAGUCAUUGGCUGUUAACAGUUUUGUCAUUGGUCAGUACUUGGAGGGCUGGUACAGAGCCCAGGUCAAGAAAAUUGAUGAGAAAGUCAUAGUAGUCAGCUAUAUAGACUAUGGAAACUCUGAGGAGGUGACCCUGGAGGAUCUGAGAUGUUUGCCCACAGAAGACUUAAUCGUCAACACGCCAGCUCUGGCCAUCAAGUGUGCCUUACGAAAACAUCAAGAUGCUGUAGGAUGGGUGACAGACGCUGAACAGCAGCUUCAAUCUUUGCAAGAUUCAUCUGUUACUAUGACAGUCAUAUCACUUACAGAUGAUGUUUGCAAUUGUGAUUUAUACCCUACGUCUGGAUUUUGUAUCAAUGAAAAUAUUACAAUAAUGCCAACUGUGCAGAAAUCCCCUAGCCCUCCUAGUGAUAUGGUAGCCUCCUCUCCAUCUUCUACACAUCCAGCCCCAGUCAGCCCAGCUAGUAAAACAGAAGAAGCCUUGCUGCCACCCAGCACUACAAUAUCUACACCUGCUGUACAACAAGAAGCCUUGCUGCCACCCAGCACUACAAUAUCUACACCUGCUGUACAACAGAGUCCUGCCUGCUCAGUAGUUUCCAGCUCUUCUUUGUCUAGCUCUGUGUCCAAAUCAAAAGGCAAAGUGCACUUUACCCCUGACCCAAAUUCCCUUGCUAUACCUGAAAAAGAUGCAGAGAUUGCAAUCUACAUUUGUGAUGUCCUGUCUGAGUGCUGUGUCAUUUUAAGAUUUGUAGAUGAUAACUUCUCAGACAAACUUGAUGAACUAGAAAAUGAGAUUGCUGAUCAGUUUGACAGCUGGCCCGUCCCUGCUGAAGUUAAGUUAUCCAAUGUGUAUGCUGCCGCUGUUGACACUGACCCUGAUGAAUUUGAAGAAGAGGAAGAGGAAGAUGUUGAGUGUGAGGAAUGCAAGCGAUACCACAGAGUGCGAGUUAUACGUAAAGAAAAGGAUCAAUAUUAUUGCUUUUUCCCUGACCAUGGAGACUUUAUGACCCUUGAAAAAUCUGAUCUGAGAGAAAUAGAUUCCAAACUGAACACUUCACUUCCAUAUCAGGCGGUGGUGGCAAGUCUGGAGGGACUUGACUCUCUUCCUUCAGAACUUAAAGAUUUUGCAAAGAGAUGUUUGCAGAAACUGUUAUUCCUAGAUGACAGCCACUCCUUUGUAGCAGUUGUGACUGACAAGUUGAUAAUGGAGUCAAGAAGGGAAGAUACUAAUUUGUUGCGAGUGAGAAAGAUUAUAAGUUGUUUAGACAAAGUUGAACUGGAUAAAGUCAAACAGAUCUACAAAGAUAUUUACAAAGAGCCUUGUGAGGAUGUUGAAGAGCUACUGCAGGAGUUACCAGGAUUUGGCAGCUGGAAAGAACAUCUACACAUUAAUAUCUACAACACUGAGCAAGAUGAUGAGGAUGUUCUAAUCAAUGAAGUCAUACUGGAUGCUAUCAAUGAUGUAGAAGAGGGUGAGGAUGCCCUGGAUGUGUUCAAUACUUUAUUUGGAACUUCCUACAAAUCAUUUGAAGAGAUGGACGAAGAAGAAAAUGAAGAGGAGGAAGAAGAGGAGGAAGCAGAUAAAGUCAACAGUGAUGCUCUCCAGCAUGAAGAAAAGGAGGAACCUGUGAUCAGCUCACCAUUGGGGCGACCGCAAAGUGGAACCCUCCCAGUGAAGAGACUGUACACAUGGAACUCUGAAGCAUACAAGAUUGCACAAGAGAAAGUCACCGUUAAACAAACAGUUUAUAAAUUUUGGACUUACCCAUUAAUGACAUCAUCUGCAAUAAUUAUCAUCAGUGUGGAAUCCCCAUCACAUUUUGUGGGUAUCCCUGCAGAACCUGCACUUGAAUUUGAGAAAAUGCUAGUGGAAGUGAAUCAAGCAUUGUCAGAAUCUUCAGUCAGACCAGACAGACUGGAAGAAAAUCAUCUCUACGCUGUCAAAAUGGAGGAUGGGUUUCACAGAGCUUUGUUCAGGCAGAGGAUUGGCCAGCAGGGGUGUAAAACAUACUUACCAGACACUUGUCAGCAUGAGGUUGUCCCUUCAGACCAACUGUUUAUCCUGCCAGAGCGAUUUGCCGCCAUGCCUUUUUUGGCCAACAGAAUGUCUUUAGGAGGUGUAAAGCCCAUUGGUCCAACCUGGAGUCAAGAAGCCAAAGAAUGGUUUUACAAACAAACCUACAAGAAAGUCUUGUACGCUCUUGUGGUGAGAGAGGAACAUAUUCACAACGACCUGCCCCCAGUACUGGUUGUACAUCUCAUUGACACAAGUUCUGAGGAGGAUAUACUGCUAGAUGAUCAAAUGGUAGAGAAACUAAUGGCAGUUAAGACAUCUUAGAGUUUGGUGAAAUUAAUAAACAUUUUAAUUUCUGGAGCUGGGAAAAAAUGUUCUUUCAGCCAUCAGUUUCUUUUAACUGGUUUGCAGCUUACCUGUGAUUUUAGCCUAGCUUAUCAAACCUUGGUUUCUGAGUGUACAAAGAAAAUAUUUUUUUAUGUUUUUUUUUUUCUAUAUUUGUGAAAUUAUUAUGCCAUUCCAUAAGUUUUUUUGUGUUCAUUUUGGUGGCAUAAAUAUCUUGUUUUAAUCGAGAAUGUUAAGAGAAAAAACCAUCUCUUUCUAGUUUCAUAGUCUCAUAAAAGCCUGUCUGCUACCAAGACUGGAGUAUGCUCUGUUUUAACUGGCUUUGGGUUGUCUUGACUGCAAUGCUACAUGCCUCUGUUUUAUUAAAAAGGGAAAAAUAAUUGGAAAAGCAAAAGAUGAAGGUCUAAAUAGAAAACAUGUUAGAGCUGUUUUUAAAUGUAUUGAAUAAAUAAUUUUUUUAAGUAUGUAAGUAUGUUGUCUUUCUUACUCAAUCUGGGAAUAGAUAUAGUACAUCGAAUAGAUAUAGUACAUUUUCUAUUAUACAUUAUGACCAAAUUUUUUUUUUCACAUUUUUCUUCUUCUUUAGUGUGUGACUGUAUUAGAUUUUUUUUCUGAAGUGUUGAUUGUUAUUGUUAUAACAGUGACACUCUUCAAAUGAAAGGUUAAGAACAAGUAACCAGACAACAGUUAAUUAUCAUGUGUUUGGUCAUACUGGGCAAAGGUAAACAUUUGUAGGCACUACAUUUGGUUCAUGCCUUUGUUUAUGGAAGGGGGGGUGGAGGAAGGCCUAUUCUCCCCCCCUCCCUAACACCACCACUUCAUUAAUGAUAAAUGCUGCAGUGUUGGGUGUGGGUUUUUGUUUUUUAAAGUUACUUGGGAAUUUCCAAAGCUAAGUCAAAAUCUAUUUUCUAUGUAAAUAGCCAGCAGAAAACUUAACUCUUCCCUUUUUUUCCCCAAUUAGCUCCCUCCCUUUUUUUCCCAAUAAGAGCUUCACCUCUGAGUGACAUUCAGCAAAAAAAAAAGACAAUUAAGGGGAGACAAUGAGGGGUGUUUCAACUGUUCAAUUACUGGGCUUCGCCAUUUGUUAUUGUUGUAUUAAUGAUUCUGUUUUUAAUUCAAGUAGUCUUUUUGUUUUUCGGUUUCAAAAUAUAAAUAUGUACUCAACAAAAUGUUAAUAUUAUAAACUUGGUUGCUGUUUUUUUUUUUUCUUCUUUCACAUUCAUUGUUUGAGAGUUAAAUUGUUAUCAGUAUAUGCAAUCAGUUGUGACAAAUUAUUUGAGUAAAUACAAAUCUGUAUCAAAUGCUACAUUAUUUUAGAGCGUGCCAUUAAUUGAUCAUGACAUACUUGGGUGAAUGAAUAUUUAUAUCAAUUUUGUGACCCAUUUUAACAUAAGGUUCACACAGUCCUGGACACAGUUCUGACAAUAUACAGGUGUAUAUAUGCAUCAAAUAUAGUUCUGUUCAUUAUUUUUAUAUUUUGGGUUUCUGUGUUAUUGAUGGUAUAUUACAAAAAUUACUCAAUGAAAUAUACUUUUAUAUAAUAUUUGUUUGGAAUUCCAAGCUGGUGAGAAUUGCCAUUAUGUGGUAGUGAAUUUAAAAGUAAAUUUUUUUUAAAAACUAUCCCAAAUGUAAAAUCAUCAAGACAUACAACUCUUUUUAUUGAAUGAAAACAAUGUUGGCUUCACCCAUCUAAUUACAAAACUAGAUCUUUUCUUGGAAGUUUGGCAACAGUUGCCAUUUCCCUAACACAGUGUUUCCAAAACUUUUUCUCUAACAGAACACUUCGCACAUACUGAGUAUUUAGCUGAACACUUUGCUUAUUUUAACAGAUUUUAAUUCACGUGGUGGCCUACUAGUUAAUUUUUCCAGUAGUUUGUUGCACACCUACUCAGGCCUUGUGGGACACUAGGGUUUCGCGGACCACAGUUUGGGAAACACUGCCCUAACACAUAAAGUUUGUUUUUCACCUUUUUUUUCUGUCUUUGCCCCAAUGAUUGAAAUGAUUUCUAGCUAGAGUUAUCCUCCCCAAUACAUUUGAUUUCAUGAAGACAAUAGUAAGUCCCACUGCCACCUGAUUGGUUCUUUUGCCACCCUGACCUCAUGUGACCUGACCUUGACUUGACUCUCAUUCCUACCAUAUUGGUCCCCCUCCCACUGUCCCCCAUUAACCAGAAUGUCACAAACAUUUUGCUGUUUCCUUGAAGUCAACUCUAUUAUGAAUGCAUUGUAACUUUUCAAUGUCUUUGGCUGGCAGGCUAAUAAGGUUAUUAUGUGAGUGUUUCAACAUAGUGGGGAAAACAUUCAUAUAACUGGCUAUUACUCCAAGUUGGGAAAUCAUUAAGUAUUUCUCCUUGGGCUGCAUGGAAAGACUCAAUUCUUUCUUUUAUAUAAAUAAAGGAUGCAUAAAAAAAAUGUUUCUAAUGAAAAUGUUUUUUCAAGACCCUGAACAAAACUUGACAGUAUUACCAUUUGUUAUUUGGAGGACACUUGUAGAUGUUGCUCUUAGGCUUUCUCUUGUCGUCCAGCAGCAAGUGAAAUGUUUGUUAUUUUAUUGUUUUGUUUCUUUUAACAUUCAUAUAAUAAAAAGUUGACUACUUUUAUACUUA